ACCCCGCACCAUAUUUUGCUCACAAGCCCUUUACUGCUGUUAAAGAGCGAGCGAGUCGCGUUCAUCGUCAAUCGUCUUCCACAGAUCGACAUCAGGUCGUCAUGAGGAGCCUCCACAUCCUUCUGCUGUGCGUCCUGGGAGCUGCUCUGCUCUCCUCUGUGCUCUGCAACAAUGGACUGGGCCCCAACGACUGCUGCUUCACUUUAUACCCGAGAAGGGUGAAGAGGAGCUUGGUUUCUACAUAUUACAUGACUGAUUUCCGGUGUCCAAAGACUGGAGUCAUUCUUGUGACAGAAAAAAAGAGGAGCAUCUGUGUGGAUCAAAACCUGCAGUGGGUUCAGGGCAUCAUGAAGGAUUUGGAUGAAAAAUCCUUUUAAAGUGGUUUCCUGUCUGGAAGAUAAGAAAUCAAAUAAAAAUAAAAAUGUACCGAGGUGUCGGUCGCUUUAUGAAAUCAUAUGCUGUGAAACGUUUUGACGGUUGUUUGUUAAAAUGUACAAUUUCCCUUUGAAUGUGCAAACCCGCAAAUAUAAAUAAUCACCACGCUGCGCUCACUGAGAGUCUGCUCCUUUGUCUUUCAGAUGCUUUGCAUUAUUUUACAAUUAUAAUAAAAGAAUGAACAUCAUA